AUGCCCCCACCCGCCCUGCCGAGCUGCCGGCUCCGGCUCCUGCCCCAGGGCGGGAGGCGCGCGCCGCCGCCGGGCAACCGCCGGCUUCCGCGCGCCCGAGGGCAUGGGCAGCGCCUGGCUGCCUGUGGCGGGGCAGCGGCCGAUACUCUCAGGGAUCAGGCGGGCGCUUUUGCCUUUCGUGGGGUUUCUCUUGAUGAACCCUACAAAAGCUCUCCUCCUGCCCCAGUGUACUCUCGCCUGUCCUCCAAAACCACAGAGCGAAGCGUUUCCGCUGCCUGCAUUCAGGUUUCACGAAAACCUUUCCACGUUUCUAGUGAUUAUUACAUUUGGGAGGGCUCUUCCCUGUCCUGCACUAACACUGUAAUUGUCUCAUGCCUGGAUACCUGUUCAUCAAAUAAGACCACUUUUCCGCUUUGUACUUUUAACAAUUCUUGCAGAAGAUCACUGCAACAAAGAAGAGAAAACCAGACUGUUUUACUGAAGGCAAUUGUAAACCAUUCCAGUUUCCAAAAUAUUCUGUGUAUUUGCCAGUCCUCCAGGAAGGAACAAGAGUCCCAUGCUAAACACACAGAGUGUGAAUCCAAGAGAGAUGUGAACGCUGAUCCUCAAGGAUCAGGGUCAGGAACUAAAAAAAUUCCAAAAGCAAAAGGCUUACUUGAAGUGAAAAGAAAAGAUGUUAUUUAUUUUUAUAAAUAUUUUAAUCUCACUACGACUUCCAAGAAAGAAGAAGUAGAGCAUAAUACUUCCUAUCUGCUGGAAAUCCACAUCAACAAUUCUAUAGUCAGAGGAAGAAAUGCAGCUGAAGAAUACCUAAAUCAUUCCUGCCUAGUGGCAAUGACGGAAGACCAAAACGACUGUAUAAAUAUUUCACUGCAGCUCAAGUCUUAUGUGGAACAUCCAAUGUGUAUGACAAAGAUCAUCUGGCUCACUAUGAUCCUAGUAGUUCUUGUGUUUACUAUUUCAGUCGUCAUCUACAAAAUAGUCCAAGAAAAUGAACAGAACUAUUGUAAACACAGAGCAGCAGAUGUUUCUACCAUUCUAAGAAGAAAGAGUUCUAGACAUGCAAGAACCAUAUCUGCUACUAAAAUCCAUCCUUUUCCUGUGAAACCCAGCAAACAACAGAUUCCACUUACUGCACAGAUCACAGAGAUACUGCCCGUAAUUCCUGAACAAGAGCAUUGUCAUGUGGGUGCAUCAACUGUAGAAGAUGUUGCUGUAUGAAAUACGAUUACUACUGGAUGAAAGGAGACACACCAUACACCCCAGAAGAAAGAGGGUCCAUUUCUGGUUUGCGGAGCUAUGUUACCCAUCUUUUCACAAAAAUACCAACUAUGCAUUUUAGUGGAGAAGCUCCAUUUUAUCUAUCAUGAGAAUUCUUUGGUAUUAAGAAAUAUGAGUGAUGGACAAACAUGUUUUGCUAUAGAACCAAAUUCAGUAGGAGAGUAUACAUUUCACAUCAAUUUUCAGUUCAUUCAUAAUUUACACUUAAUCAUACGGGUGUGAGAUAAUCCUUGCAAUAAUUUAAUUUUCUAUCUGCGAAUAAAUUUAUUUUGUAUUCUCCAUAGGAUAAGAAAGGCUGUUUAAAGAUAGAAACGAUCCUGUAUUUUCAUGGAACAAGCACAGUUUUCAGCCUAUUUAAUGCUCUAGGUGACUGGAUGCUUAAAAGAUACAGUUCCUGGCUGUUGUGGAAGGUGGCCAAAGGAUCACAGGCGAGAAUUCUGCAGUACAUUUUAAUUUCUGCAGUAAACCGGGAAGACCUUGACAAAUUCUGCAACAUCCUAGUGGAUUACGAUAAAAAUGUGGAAAAACACUAAUUUGGCUUCAAACCACAAAAUCAUUAUUAUUGGUCUUUAAUAACUCAUUAAGACCACAUGGGUUUCAUACUUUUUGAUAAAUUGCAUUUCUAUCUUUUGUACUAGCUUAGGGUAUUAGUAGCCAGAGCCAUUAGCUCCUGGGACUUUCCUUACUUUCCACUGCUCCUCUGAGCGUAACGGAGCUGUUUGGGCUGAGCAGGGUCCCAAAGUCACUCUGUGCUAACACGUUAUUUGUAGGUGCGGUUUGGCCAUCAAUUACUAGGCAGAGACAGAAAUUGCAGAGCCAGGACUUCAGACUCCCUUGUGCUAAAUGCAUCAGGAUGAACAGAUUGCAAACUGCCCAUUGCAAAUAUGAUACGCAGCGAUUCAGCAUCAUGUUAAUACCUGAUAACCUCCGUCCCUUACAUUUAUGUGGCUUUUCCCUCCUGAAGCUUUCUGAAAUUGGUUCUCCAGUCAUUAUACUGCACCAGGCAGUUCAGAUCUAAUAGGAACAGUCGUGAACAUUAGCUUCUGAAUGAUUUGAAGCCAUAUGGAAUUUUUUAUAUUUAGUUGGAUAUGUCUGAAGCAUUUGUUUCUAUUGUCUGUUACCAUCUUAUAAAAAAAGCAGAGAAAAAUACUGACUUUCUUGAUUUGGGGACUUUUGAGGCUUUAUUGCUUAUCUGUGACAAUAAAGCUUUUCAGAAAUGGAAUUUUUUACUACAGUCUAUAAAAUAAACUGCUCACAAUUUGUUUCUGGUUGUUUUUUUUUCUUCUUACUAUAGAACAGCAACUCACAGAUGAAGAG